AUGGAAAUUGACCCAGUAAAGGGUGAAGGCUUUCGGCCUUACUACAUAACCAAAAUUGAAGAGUUGCAGCUCAUCGUUGCAGAAAAAUCACAGAAUCUGCGUCGUCUACAAGCCCAGCGAAAUGAGCUUAAUGCUAAAGUACGUAUGCUUCGCGAAGAAUUGCAACUGCUCCAAGAACAGGGUUCCUAUGUUGGGGAAGUUGUGAAGCCAAUGGACAAAAAAAAGGUACUAGUAAAAGUGCACCCUGAAGGUAAAUUUGUAGUGGAUUUGGAUAAAAAUGUUGACAUCAACGAUGUUACCGCGAACUGCCGUGUUGCACUGCGCAAUGAAAGUUAUACUCUGCAUAAAAUUCUUCCAAACAAAGUAGAUCCAUUGGUUUCUCUUAUGAUGGUAGAGAAAGUGCCCGAUUCGACUUAUGAAAUGGUCGGUGGCUUGGAUAAACAAAUAAAAGAGAUUAAAGAGGUUAUUGAACUUCCCGUAAAGCAUCCUGAGCUCUUUGAUGCUUUGGGUAUAGCUCAACCCAAAGGAGUAUUGCUGUAUGGUCCACCAGGAACAGGUAAGACUUUGUUGGCUCGUGCAGUUGCGCACCACACUGAAUGCACCUUCAUCCGUGUCUCUGGUUCAGAGUUAGUGCAAAAAUUCAUUGGUGAAGGAAGUAGAAUGGUAAGAGAACUGUUUGUUAUGGCUAGAGAGCAUGCUCCUUCGAUAAUUUUCAUGGACGAAAUUGAUUCCAUUGGCUCAUCCCGUAUUGAAUCUGGCAGUGGUGGCGAUUCAGAAGUACAAAGAACCAUGUUAGAGUUGUUGAAUCAGCUAGAUGGUUUUGAAGCAACAAAGAACAUAAAGGUCAUAAUGGCAACAAACAGGAUUGACAUCCUUGAUCCGGCAUUGCUUAGACCUGGUCGUAUUGACAGAAAAAUUGAGUUCCCACCACCAAACGAGGAGGCCCGUUUGGAUAUUCUUAAGAUCCAUUCAAGAAAGAUGAACUUGACCAGAGGUAUUAAUCUGCGUAAAAUUGCCGAACUCAUGCCUGGAGCUUCUGGUGCGGAGGUCAAAGGUGUCUGCACGGAGGCUGGCAUGUAUGCUCUUCGUGAACGCCGUGUCCAUGUCACUCAGGAAGAUUUCGAAAUGGCUGUAGCUAAAGUCAUGCAGAAGGAUUCCGAGAAGAAUAUGUCUAUUAAGAAAUUAUGGAAG